GAUACGAGUUAAACUCGACGUAUAUUGAGGGAUUAAACUAAACUUGUUCGGGAAGAAAAAUGACCACCAUUCCACAAGAAAGUCUCUGGGCCGACGGCCCAUGGCCCAGAGGAACCCCUGAAAGCUAGCACGAGCAGGCGGCUUGACCUAAUCCAUCCCAGGGGUUGCUAAGGCUCCGCCGCCGCCGUUGUUACUGCUGCCUUCUUCAAUUCCGGUGUAGAUCUGGGGAGACCCAUCAUCAGCCUUGCAGAUCAGCUUUCCAUCAAACUUGCUCGACGAUCGGCCGCCGGGAUGGGCAUGGCCCGACGAUUUCUGAACCUGGUGGUGGAGAGCAAUCGCGAUGGCCUGUAUUCGCUGCGGCGCGUGCCUGCGAAUCGCCUCUUGUACCCAUCAAGAAGAGCAGCAGAGGCAGCAACGGCCAAGUCGGAAGAAGAAGUGAAGGCGUACAAGGAGCAUGAGGGUAGGAGGCAUCCAGGCCUGCACUUUAUGGAGCGAUUCGGGCAGUUUCCGAGUCCGAUGAUCAACUUCCAGGCGUCCCCGACAUACGAGCACAGCAGCAGGAAUCUGGAGUUGGCCACCCUCCUCGGCGACGAUGAGAACAAGAUCCUCACCGUGGAUAACAGCGGGCACACCCUGCUAUUCGACACCGUCUCCUACUCCGUGGUGAAGUUCCCCUCCCUCAAAUCCAACAAGGGCCGCGGCGCCAUCUCCCUCCCUGUCGACCGUGCCGCUCCCCAAGAACCUGACGGCCUCUACGUCAUGAGCCCCACCGCCGAUCCUCUCACCAGCGAUUGCUGCUUCGAGGUGCUCAACUACGGCUCUAGGGGCUUCCAUGAGAGGGCCCCUUCCUGGCUCCCUCUGCCGCCGCUCCCCUCUGCCAGCUACACCCACGCCAACCUUGUCUCCUGUACGGUGGUUGGCUCCACCAUCUUUGUUUCUUCCACCGCCCCCGAAUGCGGCACUCAUGCCUUCAACACACUCACCGGUGAAUGGCACCAUGUUGGCUACUGGACGAUGCCGUUUUAUGGCAGAGCUCAGUAUGUGCCCGACCUCAAUCUCUGGUUUGGACUCUCUGCCCGACACCCUUACAACCUCUGUGCUAUUGAUCUCUCCAACGCCCAUCUGCACCCACCCGAUGUCCUGCAAACUUGGCUUGACCUCGACAUACCUAAAUCCUGGUCGCCCUCCAAGCUCAACCUCAUCAGCCUCGGCUCUGGCAGAUUUUGUGCUGCCAAGAUCUUUCGUUCCAAUAUGCCUGCUGCUGCUGCUUUCCUAGAUGAUUCCGAUGACGACGACGACUAUACUGUUGACUCUCAUGUCAUCCCUACGGAUUUUGCUGUCUUCACUGGCCUGCAUAUGGUGCGCCGCAAUGGUAAGGAUGGUCAAGAGCAGAUCCAAAUGAUCAAGCACAAGUCCAUCUUCUACACCUUCAACAGCUAUAAUAUUGAAUGGGUUAUCUGAAUCUAACCUAGCAUUGUUCCAUAGAAGCAGGAUGUGUAAAAAAUGCACAGAUAUGGUAAGGGAUUAUAACACUACGCUAAUUUUAAUCAGUUUAAUGCACAGAGAUAUGGUAAGGGAUUA